AUGGAACGCGCUGGCGUGCGCGUCCUUUUUCCCAGUGCGGAGCCCAUCGCGUACCGCGGCAGCACCACCACCGCGUGGUAUGACCGCACUGAGCUGCCUCCAACUGCGGCAGAGGAGACGACAUCCGUCGAGAACUCGGUGGGCCGGCUCGUGGUGGGCGGCUUCUCGCAAGGUGGCGGUAUCGCGCUGCAGCUCGCCUACCGAGGGUCGCCGCUCGGCGAGCGGCCCUUGGGCGGCGCACUCUGCGCGCCUCCUUGA